CAUGAAUGAGGUUUUAACGAGGUUAUGGAAAAUUAAAGAUCAUUUUUAUGUUUGACUAUCUGAGUUCCUUCUCUGACGGCCCGUCUCCAUUUGAACCCCCCUUUCUCACCGACUAACCUACUGCGAGGUAUUCAUCACACACCCCGACUUCCCCGGAUAUGAGAUCUCAUGAACGCUCAAGAACAUUCCGGAUCCCCUCCACUCAUCCUCUCUGUCCAUGGGUGAUGGGCCGGGGAUAUCUACGGGGCACCCGGCACCCCACAGCACUGCAUUGUGACGGAGAUGGGAUGGAGCUUAUGAUCCUUCCUUGGGCGGGACCUUCACUGUUUCCCCCAUCUAUAACAAGUUCGUGAGUGAGUUUUGGCCAGCCACCCAGGCUCUAGGCGCGCAAGGCUGCACCACACCCGAUCCACACUAGCGCCAUAAGUCCCUUGGCCGCACCGCUCUAGUGCAGCACCACUGCCUGUUUCUCAUGAAUAAUCGUUUCCGUUGACACAUCUAGGUUUCACGCACCUGACACACGACACUUUACAAAGAUAAGGGACACUUCAUGACGCUGGGACGGUGUGAUUUGUUGUUGUUGUUGUUGUUGUUGCCUUCCGGUCGGUUUUGAGUUGGAAAAGGACGGGAUUUGUGGGAAAGGGAAGAGAUACGAGGGGUUGAGCUUGUGCUCGAGGACGGAAGGACGGAAGGACGGAAGGGUCGGGAUACAAAGGACGACGUAGACAUGGCGGAACAGUUUGUGGGCUUGACGAUGCUGGUGACGCUCAGUUCACCGCUGGAUGCGCAGUUGAGGGGGAGGGUGUCGAGUGUUGUCGCUGGACAAUCUUUGACGUUGUCGGAUGUUUACUGCCCGAGCAAUGGCAAAUACAUCACAGAAAUCACGAUCCAAGCCAGUCACAUCAAAGACCUAGCUGAAGCAGGCAACGAGAAUGCAGCGCCCAACCCAGCUAUCCAAGCCGCUGCUGCACACCCACAAGCGCAGUCAAUCUCCAGAAUCAAGCAAUCCAGCUUCGAAGACCCAGCAAUCGUCAGCGUCGGCCGACCAUCCCUCUCACGCCCCCCAGCAAUAACACCAAUCCCCACCCCCCCCCAAGUCUUCACACCCGAACUCGACUCUAGCAAACCCACCACCACCACCAUUCCCCCUUACCCCGCUCAGCCGGUGCAUAUGUCCCGCAACUCGUCCGCCAUCAAGGUCGCACAACAAGAGCGCUCGGUUACACCCGCCGCGAUCCUGGUUGACCCGAUGGGGAACCUGGAAUUGGGGAAUGAGAAUGAGGAUGCCGCCGAUGCGGAGGUGGCGGCGAAGGAACGACAUAAUAAGCGGCGCCGCGGGCGAGGCGCGAAGGGGGCACGCAGGGGGAAGGCGGCCGAUGGGACGGAUGGCGAUGAGGGGUUCCCUGCUGUUACGCCUGUUACCGAUACGAAUCGCUCGAAGGGAUGGAGACAGACGCCAUUGCUGGAGCCGAACCCGUCAUUCCAGCCUUUUGCGACGCUGAAGAAGGCGGCGAGGGGGCGUGGGGGGAAGGGAUAUGAUAAUGGCUGGGCCACCGAGGACGCUACGGAUGUGCAGGACAUGGGGGACUUUGAUUUCGAAGCCAGCCUGUCGAAAUUCGAUAAGCGCACGGUCUUUGAGGGGAUUAGAGCGGAUGAUGUGACGGCGGAUGAGGAUCGAUUGGUUGGGCAUAAUAGGAUCCCGAAAUUGGGAACGAUGGGGGGGAGGAACCUGCAUCCGUCGGAGAAUGUGCUUGAUCAUAUUGGGCGCGUUGCCCCCGCGUGGAAUAGCGAGGCGGGCGAUAGUGAGGAUGCGGAGAAUAUGGGCGUCAGCCAGCGCGGGUCGGGCAGUGGCCGCACGUCCCGUCGCGCGGAGUCGCGGCUGCGCAUGCCGAUGUCGAAGAAGGAGACAUCGUCGCUGCACUCGCAGUCUCGACAGUCCAUGUCAGCACCCCGCGCGAAAUCCCGCGCCCCUCCCUCCUCGCCUCCGCAUGCAACUACGAAAUCCUCAUUCUACCUCGUCCCCGCCGAUCGCCAGGUCGAAGUCGCGUCGGCGCUGCAGAUGCUCAAUCUUGAGAAUAUCGCGAAUAGUGAGCUCGGACUUACUGAGGAUAUGAUGACCGAGAAUGCCGCGCGCGGAAUCGCGGAAGUCGCGUUAUCGACUCUGAACUUGGGGGGUACUCGCCAUAGGACGCAGAGGAAGGCUAAUACACUCCCUUACGUCGUCAUAUACGCCGGGAACAGCAAAUCCGGCAUCCGCGCCAUCGCGGCCGGCCGCCACCUCCGCAACCACGGCACCACCGUCGCCGUCUGCGUCCUCGGGCUAGAGCGCGAACCCGAGCUCCUUGACGGGGUGCGGCGGCAACUCAAAGUCUUCCGCUCCUUCGGCGGAAAGGUGUUCACCAAGAUCGAACUCAUGGACUACCUCAAAUCCACCGCCGUGCCUGUGGAACUCAUCAUCGACGGAUUGCUGGGGUUGACUAUCAGUUUUGAGGAGCUGAGGACGGGGGAUCAGGCUACGGCGUUUGAGUUGAUUGAGUGGGCUAAUCGCUCGAAGGCGGCGGUGUUGGCGCUGGAUGUCCCGACUGGUCUGGACCCCGGCACCGGGUUGCCGAUGCAGAUUGACGGCCGCGAGCUGUGGAUCCAGGCAUCCCUCGUUGUUAGUCUCGGGGUACCGAAGACGGGACUCUUGGAGGCGAUGAAGGUGGGGUUUGGGACGAGCGAUGGGGAGACAGAGGCGUGGGGGCUGUGGGUGGUGGAUGUGGGGAUUGCGAAGAAUGUGUGGAAGAAGAGUGGGAUGAGGAUGAGGAGGGGGGUGGAGUUUGAGGGGACGUGGGUGCUGGGUAUGAGGUUCCAGAAGGGGACGGAUUAGGUGGGGGAGGGAUGGGGACAUUGCAAGGCGUUUGGAAAGCGAAAAUGGCUAGCAUAGCUCUGGUUAAGGAGUAUGGGGAUCACGCGGGCUGGGGAGGGGUCGCUUUGCAUUGGGCUUGGAGUUUUUUGAUAGCUAGUUGGUGUUGCUCUUUUGAAAGAAGAGCUGGGACGUAGGCACAAUGAAGUAGAUAUGCUGAAUGAAGUUAAGACUUUAUAUCCAGAUUUUUUGCACGUGGAGCGAUUAUCAUCUUUUGGCCAGCCCAUUUACAACAUGAUGCCCCUUCAUCGCCCCCGUAGCAGAAUCGUCAGCCGUGCGGCUGCCUACAAGCGGGCAGCAGCAUCAAUUUCCUGUCGGGCCCGUCGUACCAAUGAAUUAGCCUCUUGUCGUUGCGUAUAGAGCUCAUUCUUCCGGGUAUAAUAAUCAAGCUCCCUCAACACUGUCUCGUACGCCCUCAACUCCUUUACACGCUCCAGCUGACCACUUCCUUAUACGUCGCCUCAUCCAAGGAGAACGACCGCAGGCUGCGCUUGCGGGCGGUGGGCUCGAAGCGCGCGGAGAAGGGGACUGUUUCCGGAUGCGAUCGCAUCGUAGUAUAUAGCCAGUUUCUUUCGAACGUACCGUAGCAUCUGCGCCGGGGUCGGGUCCCGUCAUCGUCGUCGUGAGGUUGAGGCCAUCCCUUUAGGCUCCUCGGCGACGGUUGCUUUGCUUUCUUAGCCUUGGUUUUGUCUAUUGCAGAAGCUUAUUUGCCACAGCAGGUUCUCACACGGCGACAGUUUUGUCAACCUCUUAAGGGCUGCAUAUUUGGUAAGGCGUACCUAAUGCCAAGGUGCCCACUCCGGCCCCACGUGCCCAAAUAGGAAAAGGGACCGUCACACUGUGACGGAGCCAUUUCUAGCCUAGUAAAUUAGUAGUGUAUCGUAUGUAUUUAGCC